AUGCUUAUUGUGACUCGCAGCGACAUCAUGCAACCUCAAUUUUCCGAGAGCCAUGCCUCACGACAUGCAUCAAACUUUUUGCGCAACGUUCUCAAGACGGAUGUUGAUCAGCUCGCCGAGAGACUUGAGGGAUAUGUCAUUUCAGGAGCCACAGAAGACAGAGCACCAGCAAGCCCGCAUCUAGCGGUUAGAAUGAAACAAAAAGAACAGAUCAAAAUAGCAAGGGACCUGGUCCUUAAUGGUCUCGUGGGUAUCCUCCGUGAUGCCAAAGUCCCAGAGGGCCAAAUUCCCAAGGCCAUGAAUUAUAAAAGCUAUGUAACAAAGAUUGUCGAACAAUAUGGGGUCGUUUUGGUGGGUUAUCCUGGAGACAAAGGGGUCGUCAACCCAGGAGAGCUGGACGCAGCCACAUUGAAAGAGCUCAUUUUCCGAUUAAUUGAUGGAAGGUGCUGCUGGAAAAAGGGCGAAGCUAAUGCUCCUCUCUUAGAAAAUGCUCGGUCCUCGGGCUUGUCCACUGUUGAAGGUGACCACCGUGCUGUGCACGACGGCCUUCCUGCUUCUCCGUCCCAUUCGGAAUUCGAGCUCGCAUAUCCUAUUAACUUCGAUUCAGCUCCAACAUCUUCUCGACAAGUAAUUGCUGACUCCCCGGCGAGUUCGGAUGUCCAAUGGGCCAUUUCGAUCCUCCAAACACCAGCCCAACCUGGGGUUCCACGGGCAUAUUUCCUCAGUGGCAACCGCCCGAACCCUUCGCAGGAGAUAUAG